AGGUGGAGAAACUAGUCGAGUAGUAGGAGAGAAGUGAGGGUUUAGUCUUCAUAGUAAUGCUUUGUCUUCGGACAGGUUUUUGUAUUUUAGGAGUUCUACAGUUUAGUUUUAAAUAACUCCCAAUCAAUUUAACUUUUCAGUUUCGUGUUUCUCUUUCAGUGGUUAAACUGCAACUAGUCUUAGAUCAGGUUCGUUCUGAGUGUCGACUUUAUGAGUUGAAGAGAGCAAGCAUGCUCAGGCGAGCCAAGCAAAUACAACUGAAAGCGUCUGACAAAAGUGAUAAAGCUAAGAGUAUCUGGAAGGAACGUUACGUAGAUGAGCGAAAGAAAACCACCCAACUUGAGCAAGAAUCUACUAAAAGCAGAGACACGUUGGAGAAACUUCACCGGGAACUUCUAGCGAAAAUAGAGCUCGGGUUUGGAAACAACAGUUUAACAGGAAAAACCGGACUGCCAUCUAGAAAACUCAAGUGUGUGGUUCAGAAGGACGUUAAGAUACUCCGUCAAGAGCUGGUCAAAAAGAAAAUUCAGAUUACUUUGACACGAAAUCAAGAGCAGUCAGCAACGGACAACUCCAAACGGAACAGUUGUAUCAAAGUUGUUUAGUCAGUCAAUAACAUUCAGCAAUAUACACCUUCAAACGGAAUAGUUACAUCAAAGUUGUUUGGUCAGUCAAUAACAUUCAGCAAUAUACACCUUCAAACGGAAUAGCAACAUUAAAGUUGUUUAGUCAGUCAAUAACAGUCAGCAAUAGACAACACAAAACGGAAUAGUAACAUCAAAGUAGUUUAGUCAGUCAAUAACAGUCAGCAAUAGACAACACAAAACGGAAUAGUAACAUCAAAGUAGUUUAGUCAGUCAAUAACAAUCAGCAAUAGACAACUCAAAACGGAAUAGUUACUUUAAAGCGGCUUAGUCAGUCAAUAACAGUCAGCAAUAGACAACUCCAAAUGGAAUAAUUACAUCAAAGUUGUUUAAUUAAUCAGCCAAUGCGAAAUUAAGAAAAAUUCGCGCCUGAAAUAUUCCAUUCAGAACAGCUAUACAUCAAACUUGUUUGGUUACUUUUAUGUAUAUUUAUAAGCAGUGGCGACGCCAAGAGGAGGCGAAGGGUCGCAGGUGGCACCCUGAAAUUUAUCUGCCUCCUCUAAAAUUUUCACACAAAAAAAGUUAAGUAAAAGUUACGUUUCCAAAAUACAAUGUUUUCAGUUACUAGGCAACCCUACACAAGAAAAACCCACUUAACAUCACAUUAUCUAAUUUCUAGGUAGCUCUUAGUGCUUCUUAAUUUAUUUUUCAUGGGUUUCGUUCCACUAAUCUUCUAGAUAUGAAAAAAAACCUUCGCCCCUCCCCCAAGCAUCUGUCAUCCAUUCACCUCCCCAUUUUCAGAAUCCUGGAGUCAACACUUCUUAUAAGCGUAUGCUGGAAUCUGUAUGUGAAAAACUGGCUCCUCCUUCCCCGUGAUAACUUUAUUCCGGAAUCAGGACUAUCGAAAUAGAGAUAGUUUCCAAGACGUAAUAUGGGUGACAUUUUACUCCCAUAAAAUGGCAAACAGGAAAUAAUUUGAAGUAUGUGAAUUUUCCCACUUCUUUGAAUGUCUCUACGUACUUUAGUGUUAACAUAAAAGUGCGAUAAUUCGAACUAAAUAUUGUUUUAUUAAUAUUAUAUGUAAGAGUAUGGAUAAAUUGUUAACAGGAAUAGUAUAGCGAAACUAUAUACUUGGCCGCUACUUCACAUAUGUGGUUACAAAGAAAGUACAGCAGUUAGCCGAGCACUCGAUCUAACGCUCUUCAACUCGUUCAAAUAUUCAAGUGCGGCCAUGUUUUUGUUUUCCCUGUUUGUGUUACUGUAAUAUGUUUGGAGAAGGAAGUGUGGAGUCGUUAAAUAUUUUAAUCAGAUUUGUCUAUGUAUAAUAUUACGUCCGUGAAAUUGUUUGAAAUAGUAUAGUCAAGGAAAAAUUAGUAUUCUAAUUGUAUCUCAAUGAAAUACAGAGAAAAAACUGACUUUGUUGUUUUUGUGACGCCAAUUUCAUGUCCAUGGGAUCAACAGAAACAAUGUGGCAGAAGUUUACGUUUUGUCCAGAGAAAGUACUGUCGUAUAGGUAAAAUGUAACCAGCAUAAUUAUAAAAAGUCAUUUUAGUAUAUUUGACCACUUUAAGAUACUUUUACGUAGACUGUUCUUCUGGUCGAAUAUUUUAUUUUUUACAGUAUUGUUUAUGAAAUAAAAAGUAGAAAAAAAACAGUAAUUUCCUCAUCAUAACAAAAUAUCUAAGGAAUACAAGUUAAAAAUGGGUUGAAAUAGGUGGGGCAAUGGUUGAGAAACCUAUGUAGGCGUACUGAGGUAAAACGAGAUAAUAAUGUGAAUAUGCUAUAAGUGGUAAAUUUGGGCUUAAGAAGCAUUUUCGUGUAUACUAUUUUGUAUUAUUCUUGUUACAUGUUCAAUAACGCAUGCAACGAAUUUCAUCUGAAGUCAACUACUUCUUCUAUAUAACAAUAAAACUGUUAGUCAUACAAUUUUUAAAGUGCUCUAAGCUCUAUAUAAAUAAAGUAAAAUAAAAAACUAGCUAAAACAAAGUCCAUUGUAUUUUACGUGCUAACAGUAGAAUCACGGCAUUCAAACGUUUGAUUAAACAUAUUUUUCACAGUU